AUGGCGCAGCCUGUUGUUGAACCGUUUAGAACCACGGAUACACUUGGAAAACUCCAUUAUCGAGAAGCUUUAUCAAUUCGUACACCUCAGUCUCUAGCUUUACCAGAGAGUGAAGAUGACCCUGCUGUUCGGCAAAAGCAUCGCCCAUUCAUUCUGAGCAACACAGCGGAAGAAGACUGGGUCAGCGACCUGGAACUGACGACUGCCUUGAAAAUGGCCGAGAAUAACCUAAAGAAUACGAACCAGAGGCUCAAGGUCCUGGUACUGUACGGGAGUCUACGCCAAAGAUCAUAUUCACGGCUUGUGGCAUUUGAAGCAUGUCGCAUCCUCUUUCGACUCGGUUGCGAUGUCCGCGUUUUCGACCCGGAGGGACUCCCAGUGAAGAACGACGUCGACCACGGUCACCCCAAGGUACAGGAACUCCGUGGCCUCAGCCAGUGGAGCGAUGGACAUAUUUGGGUCUCACCUGAACAACACGGCAACCUUGUCAGUAUCCCUUCCCCAACUCCGCUUAAUCCAACGAAGCAUCAUUUCCACUUAUAUUAA